CAAUGCCACGUAGGACAAAGUUGGCGCUGAGCACUGAAGCAGUUGAUGCAAUCGCUCGGAAAACUAUCGAACCCUUUUCCAUUAGCGGGGAUUGGAACCACUUCGAUUCAAUGGAUUCAAAAUCAGCACCACCGCCACCGCAAAACCCUAAGCCGAAUCCACCAUCGAAGGGGAGCCGAGACUUAUUGAAUCACGUGGAAGCGUACCUUGCGAAACGCGACGGUGUUGACAAGCUUCUAAAGAUUUCCAGGUACACCACAAAGCUCAUCCUCGCCUCUUCGCUUUUCCACUCCAACCCUACCCUCUCACACCACCUCAAGAGCUUCGAGUCCAGCGUCGGCGUUAGCCGAAAAGCCUUCAGGCUCGGCAAGUUCGUUCAGGACCUCAACGCGCUUCGAUCCUACCACUCCCAUUCCAAACACGAUGUUCUCUUAUCCCUAAUCGCUUACGGCGGCGAAGGGAUUUACUACUUCGUUGAGCAGUUUGUUUGGCUCGCGAAGUCUGGUUUGAUCGAUCCCAAACAUGCCCUUACUUUUCAGAAGCUGAGUGCUUGGGCUGAGUUGGUUGGGUACUUAGGGAGUGUAGCGUUGAAAUUUAGGGAUUUGAGAGCGAUGGCGGAGGAGGAAGCGUGUUUGAAAUCGAGCGUUGAAAUUGGGGGUUUGAGAGGGGUUGGGUGCAAGGAAGAAGAAGUUAGGCUGGGGAAAUUGAGAGAGAAGAAGGUUAUGAAGAAGCUUUCCAUUGUUCAGGAUUUGGCUGAUGCGUUAAUGGCUUUGGAUGAUAUAUUGGAUGGGAAAGGACCGUUUUCUAAGCCUCUUUUGAUGGCUUCUGCGGGGCUUUUGUCAGCGCUUAUUAGCACUCAUAAGAAUUGGGUGUCUUGCUGAGUUGCGCUAUUCUUUUUUUUUUUUUUUUUUUUUCUCUUAAACAAUAAAAGUCUCAUGUUGUUGCAUUUGUCACAAAUUAAAGGGUAUAUAAGCCGAGCUUUAUGGGUUUAAAAUUGCUUAAUCUUUUCAGACAGGUCACUGAAGCUUGAAGCUCAUUCUCUCUUCACGUUCUCUCCGAUCAAAAUUCUAAUAGUUUCUGUUUCUUGGUUUCUGAUGCGUUAUUAGUUCUGAGGAAUUAUUUUCACACAUGAACAUGUAAGGAGUAUAUAUGUAUACCCCCAAGAGAAAAUGGUGCUUGGAUUUUAGAUUUAUUACUGAUUCAUUAAUAAAGUAACCGACGACCAUAGUUCUAUUGGUUUAUUUUAGCAGACAUUUCUUUGCUAUGGUUUAUCAUGCUGUGGUUGUGGCCCAAUUUCGCUUCAUUUUGUAUGAUUUAGACAAAAGAAAAUUAUGUCAGCAUUAGUGUUGUGUUGUUGUAUGGUCAAUUUUUGUUGAGAGCUCACAGUGCAUUGCAAAAUGGAAUGUUUAGAGGAACAUGUGUGGAUUCUUUACAUAACAGGUGUGGCUUCCCAGAUUCCGUUGGUUUAUUAACUCAACACAACACUGAUAUUUAAAGGGAAAAGGGGGGAAAAUUGAUUGAAUGCCUGUAAAACUUGAUUUGGAGUGGCUGUUGGAUGGAAGAAACAGUUUAGGGGGAAAUGAAUUUGGCAUGGUCACUUUCCCUGUGGAAAUGCAUAUAGAAUGUAAUUGGAGUUGUAUCGAAAUAGUAUGUCUCUUGUCACUAAUUCUUUGAAAUUGUUUCUGACUUAGAAAGACAUUUAUUGAAUAGUUCUGUUUUUUGCUUCUGUCUAGUAUGACCAAGAGGGGUGUUGACUUCAUUAGCCGUUCGGAGUUUCUCUCACCUUUUUAUGUUAGUACAUUGCUAACCAGUCUUCUUGGCCAACUUGUUUUUCUCUUACAUGAUGGGAAAGGUGGCUGCAAACUGAGAUGUUUUUGUUGUCAGACUUCCUUUGGUUGUGUAUUAAUUUCCACAACCCCGUUGAUUUAUUGCAACUUCUAUCGGUUGAUAUUGGUGAAUGGGGAGUUUCUCAAUUGAGAAUGAAUGUUGUCCAAUUUUUGGACUCCUGAUUAUCAGGAAAAGUAAAAUAAGUAAAAUGCCAAACCUUUUUUCAAAUGGAAUUUCAAUUGGGUUGGUUUGAGUUUUAGUUUCUUUACAAAUAUUUUGGUAUCACGGGGUGGUAAUUGUAUGAAUAACUCGAAGCAAUGAGAAGAUUAUAUUUUACUGCCUGGCAGUUUUCAGGAUAUAUUAUAUGCUUUUUUGGGAUUGUUUAUCUGGAUUCUUGCAUGUAAGUGUAACUCUACUGCUUUUAUACUGGGUGCUACCUCCUACUUGAUUUGGAUGAACAUGCACCAUCAACAACAUUGCUUCAUACAUAUUUCUUUCCACAAAUUAAUUGCAUCUGAUUCUCGGCUUCAUUAGUACUCGACAAAUAAUUUUUACAAGGGACUUACCAUCUUUCAAACUAACCAGUAAACUGCUUUCCUGCCGCAUGUUGGUUGGUACUAUUCAUUAAUUAUCAUAAGAAGUGGGUGGGAAAAAAAAAAUCUUUUAAGAUUAAAGAAUCUCAUUUGUUAGUGGUUGUAAAAUGAUUUUACUGAUUGCUGGUUUGUUCAACUGGUUUGAUGUCUUGCUAAGUAGGACAUGAAUUUCUUUAUUUUCCAUGUUGUCCUGUUCUGGAGGUAAGUUUUAGCGCGAAGGUAAGGCUGGCUGUGUGCUACUUUGUGUACUGUGGCUGUUAGUCAAUGAUUUGCAUGGAAUAAUUACGUUGGUGGGUGACUGCACUGUGAAACAAAUGUUUUUUGGGUGAAAACUUUCAGAGGCAUUUCAAUUGCAAUUCCUAAAUGUGGAUAAUUGAAAAUUGACAUCAUACAGGACAUCUUAUAAUAUUGUGUCUAUCUCUCACUUUUUUGGGUUUACAUGCAUUCUAAAAAAAUAUAUCUCACUUUUUUGUAUACACUUCUAAAAAUAUAGAAAAUAUAUAUCAAAUAUAAAAGAGAACAUCUAAAGUUUGCUCCUUCUAGGAGUACAAAAAACAUUUUCCUUUCAGUUCUCUACAAGCUACGUCUACCGGCAUGUCUGCGUUGCAUCCCAAAUCUUGCCAUGAUGCUAGGUUGUUGCUGAUUUCGACUUGGUCUGCGUCAUAGGUCUCUCUGUUCUAAAGAGAUUGAUUGACUUAAAAGAAUUUUAGCAACUGGUGGAAUUCGAACUUUACCAUGUUGUAGUCCGCGACCGGGAUGUGACAAGGUCUAACCUGCGGCAUGUAAUGAGUCAUGCUCCUCCAUUAUUGUAACGUUAAUUAAUCUCAUGGACGCUGUGUCACGGUCGCCUGGACAGUACUCAAUCAAUGCUUAAUCCGGUUGGAACUAAUAUAUUAUAUAUUAAACUGGUCAUACAUCACUAAAUAACCAUUGAAUAUUCUCAGCGCUCGUUUAGUCAUGCUUUAUUUUAAGUUCUCUUCCUGUCUCUGUUCUCUCCUUUUACAUAUAUGGCAUGUAUAUGGCUAUCCAUAUAUCCUCGUCCUAUUCAUAUAUUCAUAUACAAACUUUGCUCAAUGGAGUAUAUUUAUCGUUAAAAAAAGGUCUCCAAGUAUUUUCUCUUUCUUAAAGUUUGGGUUAGAACGUUUCCUUUUUUAUACACUAAAUCCAAUUAUUAAGCUAUUUAAUAUUCCAAUUCCCAUAUUUCAGCUUAAAAUAAGUGACUGAUAAUUUGACAAAUAUUAACAAUUGUGAUAUACUAUGUCAAAAGCAAAAUUAUUAGCUCUCCAAUGCCAAUGCUUUCUGCCAUUUUUUC